CGUUGCUGAGCACUGAGUCACUUCUGGUGUGUGGGUAUUGUCUAAUCUUUAACAGAUACACAGCAAGAAGAGAAAGAGUAUGCAACACUGGAUCUUGUUGACUCCCAGCCAACACUACUGUAUGUGGGAGCGUCUCUGUCCAAUGCAGUGAACUUGAAGAGGACAAGUCAUUAAAGGAAUGGCAAUAUUUAAGACAUGCUUGUCCAUCUUUGCCCUUCUCCUGACACUAACUAUUUUGGAAACAGGGAACUUCAUUGAAUCUCCAAGUCAGGUUUUGCCGGAACACAAUGAAGAAGAAUCAUGUAUACCUCACACCAGGGGGAAAAGGAGUGUGGCUACAAACCAAUGGAAUUACACGCUUGAUGUUGUAUUGAAUGCCUCUGAAGUGGCAAUAAUUCAGCAGUUUCAGUCCUCUUUGAACAGUUUUCCCAUACAACUUAGUAACAACACAGAGAUCUCGGACAUUACCUUCACAACAGUGUGUUCCUCGACUGCCACUGGCUUCCAGUGUAGAUGUGAGGACAAUUUUGCUUGGCCAUACAGCACAUGUGUCACGUAUGGAGCCUGUGAUUCCAUUGUUAGUGGCAUCUGUACAUGCAUUGAUGCUAUUCCAGCUGAUGGACAGUCCUGCCAGGCAAUAUCAGGGCUUCUGGCUCAGGUUGAGUACGAUGUGGAUGUUGACCUGAAUUUUACUGAUAUUGGGACCGUGGACGCCCUUAGAAGCAUCCUGGAUGCCGGUGGCUUUUCCCUAGCCUUGGGUCCAACUGUGAACGUCACACACAUUACCAUCACCACAGUUUGUUACCCAAAUGGUACAAACUUCCAGUGCAGAUGUGAGGAACAGUAUGUGUGGUCAUUAAGCAACUGUAAUACAUAUGGAGCCUGUGAUGACAUCAUUGACAACACAUGUGGGUGUAUCAACAAUAUUCCUACCAAUGGACAAUACUGCGUGCCACAGACAGUACCUUUAGUAUUUUAUGAAUACCAGAUUAUUACCGAGGUGAAUACCAGCGAUGUGGAUCAGCUGAGAAACGUCCUGAACAGUUUAACUUUUCCUGUCCAGAUCAGCUCCUCAGUUAACAUAUUAGAUGCCAAUAUCACCACAGUUUGCAGCCAAGAUAACACUGGGUUUCAGUGCCACUGUGAAAAUGACUAUCUUUGGCCGUGUGAUAAGUGUGACACCUAUGGGAAAUGUGAUGGUAAUACAAGCAACACAUGUGGAUGCAUCAAUGCCAUUCCUCCUGAUGGACAAUACUGCCAGCCUGCUGAUCAAUACAAUGUUACAGCUUGUCUUCUUUUAACAACUCCAUCACCAACAACUCUUCUUACAACAACUCCAUCACCAACAACUCUUCCUUCAACAACUCCAUCACCAUUUGCUCUCCGAGCAGUUCUGGUUACCAGUGCAGAUGUGAGGAUCAGUAUCGUUGGUCAUGUGACCAGUGUUUACUGUAUACAUCCUGUGACAACAUCACUGGGGACACAUGUGGAUGCAUCAAUGCCAUUCCUCCUGAUGGACAAUACUGCCAGCCUUCUGGUCAAAACAUCAACAACUCCAUCACCAACAACUCUUCCUUCAACAAACUCAACAAUGGCUGCUACAACAGUUGUGACCAAUACAACAACCACAAUGUCUCCAACAACCACAAUGUCUCCAACAACCACACUGUCUCCAACAACCACACUGUCUCCAACAACAGGGUUCAAUUUGGAAAUGACAGUGCAAUUAAACAAGACGUUCACAGAAGAUUUGAAAGAUCCAACAAGUGUUGCAUACAACAAUCUUAAAGACAGCAUGGAAGCAGUGUUAAACAAGCAGUAUGGAGGAAUCACAGGCUUUAUUAGUGUUUCUGUGACAGGAUUCAGAGAAGGAAGCAUAUUUACAGAUUUUGUUGUUGAGACUACAGAGGUUAAAAAUGAAGAAUUGGCUGAAGCAAAUAAAGCAUUUUCAAAAGCAGUAAACUCUACUAUUGCCCCUGUCAUUGGCUCUGUCACUGCAUUGUACAACAGUGAAAAGGAAUUAGGGAUUACCGCCGCAAACUAUACUGGAAAUAACAUGACACUCGUGUGCGACCCCAGCAUUAAUGUAGAAGACUUAAGAAAGUCCGAGUGGACAUUUCGUGGAAGGGUAAUUAAGCAGGCUGGAAAGAGAAAAAUAACAAAUUCUAACACAAGGUCUGUUCUAAGAAUAGAGAAAGCCAAUGCUGUGGAUAUUGGACUUUACCAAUGCACUCUGAUGGGCGACGUAUUGCAGUUCAGACAAAAAAGGAACGUGAUUGGAGAUGAUAUCCAAGAAGCUCCCAUCAUAGUAUCAAAGCGUCAAAUAAACAUUGAAUGUCUGGAGGGACAAACAGUACCACUUAAGUGUUGUGUGCAGUCCCCUUUUAAGGUGAAGUGGUUUAGAGGCUCACCUCCUCCUAUUGGCUCACUUACUCCUAUUGGAUCUACUGUUACUGGAAAUGGAAACCCAUUCUGUCGCACGUAUGAAUACACGCUAGGAGACUGCAGUGAACCAACGUCACUAGCAUUUACUUGUAAGGUCGAUGAUCUCGAUUAUAGCCGGGUAACAACAUUGACAAUUUCCGAAGAACCUUUUACAUGUAAAGACGCUGAUUAUGAGGAAGGACGAGAAGGCGAACAAUCUAGUACAGAAUGUCCUCCAGGUCAAGAGGGGGAAAAGAUUGCGAAGUGUGAUGAUGGCAAGUGGAUAUUGGUAGAGAACACUUGCGUUAUCAAAGUAAUCAAGAAGUUGCUUGAUUUUUCAGAGGUGUUGCUGGUGCAAGAUGUCCCCGAUUUUGUGGGGAAUCUGAGUGCAGAGGUCGAAAAGGUGCAGAAGGCAGUAAGAGAGUCACCUAAUACCAUAUCAACUAUCGUGGACAUCCUGGGCAACAUUGCAGAUAUUGAUACUCUGGUAGUCAAUCAACCUGUCAUAAGGAGUGUCCUUCAAACAGUUGAUUUCAUUAUUGGUGAGGAUUCAAGAGAGUCCUGGACAUUUCUGAAUGCAAACGAAAGCAACAACGCAAGCUCUGAUUUACUGGGUUCGAUGGAACUCCUCUCUGAUAAAAUAAAUGGGACAUUUACCUUUGAGACUGCUGCAAUCCUCUUCGACAGAAGCACCUUUGACCCUGACCUUAUCUCGUUCUCCGCAAAUCUGAACAGCAGCGUUGUCCUGAACAUUUCUAACAACGGCUUUAGCAACGCCUCUAUCACCACUAUUACUUUCUUCACCCUAAAUAAUGUUAUGCCAGUACGGAACUCCAGCUUUAACACCAGCCUCUUCAACACCAAUAACACUGACCCCGUUAAUGCCCUCAACGCAGCUGUGGUGCUGAUCAAAGUAAAUGAAACAAUUCGGAACGUUACUUUAAGCUACACCAAGUUAAACACGACUCUGACGCAAGAUCCUCAGUGUGUCUUCUGGAACUUUAAACUGUUUGACAACAGGGGGGCUUGGGAUAGUGAAGGGUGUGAGUUUGUUUCCGAUAUAAAUGACACAGUAACCUGCAGAUGCGACCAUCUCACCUCAUUUUCAAUUCUGAUGUCAACUGGUAUCCCUAAAGAAUUCAAAGAACUCUUGGAUCUAAUCACCUACAUUGGAGUUGGGAUCUCUUUGGCAAGUUUAGUUAUAUGUUUAAUUAUUGAAGGAUACGUUUGGAAAGCCAUAACUAAAAAUAGCACUGCCUUCAUGCGUCAUGUUUCCAUCAUUAACACUGCCCUCUCUCUGUUGAUCGCUGACAUCUGUUUUAUCAUUGGAGCCUACAUUGCCGACAACCCAGCUGAAAACCCGGAGAACAAGAACUUUAAUGUUCCAGUUGAGUCUUGUAGCACAGCAACAUUUUUUAUGCACUUGUUUUACCUUGCGGUGUUCUUUUGGAUGCUAGUUUCAGGCCUUCUGCUAUUUUACCGGACAGUCAUGGUCUUCUCCCACAUGUCCAAGUCAGUCAUGUUGGCUAUUGGCUUCUUAUUAGGCUACGGGUGCCCUCUGAUCAUAGCUGUUGUUACUGUUGCCGCCACAGCACCAGGAGAAGGAUACAUCAGGAGAAAAGAGGCUUGUUGGCUUAACUGGGAGCAAACAAGGGCCCUGUUGGCGUUUGUGAUACCUGCCUUAUCUAUAGUUUGUAUCAACAUAAUUAUCGUAAUCGUGGUCUUGUUCAAAAUGCUAAGAAGAGGCGUGGGAGACGCCGGCCAAAGAGAGGAAAGGCAUACGCUGGUUGUCAUUCUAAGGUGUGUGGCCAUUUUGACUCCUUUAUUUGGACUGACCUGGUCUUUAGGAGUGGGGACCAUGCUAGAUUCGACAAAUAGAGGACUCCACAUUGUCUUUGCACUCUUCAAUUCACUACAGGGUUUCUUCAUUUUAGUGUUUGGGACACUAUUUGAUUCAAAGAUCCGUUCUAUCCUCGCAAGAAAAUCACCUACAACAAGCACAGGCUCCAAUACAACAAGAAGUACAAGUGGUGGCAUUUCCUCCACUGGACUGAACUGGUUCCAUCAACUGCGUGGAAGAAGAAACGUCUACCACGUGUCAGAGACUGCAAACUCGGGCAGUGCUGGUGCGUCGGAGUCAUUCUCCAAUAUCUAAAUCAAUGCAUGGAACCGUACACUUUAUUUCUUUAGGGCUAUUUAUUCAAAAGAUCUGACAGUUAUUGUAGGAUUUUCAGCACAUAAUCAGAAACGAUGCAGUUUACUGGGAUGAUAUUGUAAGAGAUGGUGCAACAGACAUGGUUAGUUUUGAAAUCAGAAUAGUUUAGGUCCUACAGGCAGCAUUAAAAUAAGUUUGCAUUGUAAAGGUACUGUUCUGUUAUUCAAAGCCCUAGGAAAGCAAGUGUGACACAACAUUGUGAAUGAAACUUUGAAAUUACUUUUUAUUUUGAAGUGUGAAAUGUAGUGGUGCUCUGAAUCAAUGACGUGCAAUGAUCAAUUAUUAUCUUAAUGUAUAGUCGUAGUGUUUCAUGAUAACAUUGAUAAUACCAUGACUAUGUUCCUGGGGAAAAGAGCAUCAUACUUCCUUCAUUAAAAGCAAAACCUAAAACCUAAAAAAUGUGUAAAAAGAUAAAUAGAUUUUUAGUAACAGUGUAGCUCAAUAAUGCAUGUUAGCUAAACAGCAGCAGUUGUAAGAACAGCAAUGAAAUGAAACUAAGUGUUUUGAAGAUAGAUUGGUCUUUGACAGUCAAUAUUGUAUUAUAAUGUUUAAGGUGACCUAUUAUGCAAAAUGCACUUUUUGAUGUAUGUUAUACAUAAAUAUGUGUCCCCGGUGUGUAAGGAGACAUACAAAGUG